UAGACAAACAAAAGAAGACCUCCUAAACACGUGAUUUCGAAGUGCGGAAGUAAAGUUGUGAUUUCGGGAAAACGUGAGUGAAUAUUUGUUUCUCACGGGUGGAACACAUUGGAAAAUAGCUAACCUAAAGAAUAUAUUAUGGAUGACGAGGAGGAGACCUACAGACUAUGGAAAAUCCGCAAAACAAUCAUGCAGUUGUGCCAUGACAGAGGCUACCUUGUGACGCAGGAUGAGUUGGACCAGACUCUGGACGAGUUCAAGAGCCAGUUUGGGGACAAGCCGAGUGAAGGGCGCCCACGGCGCACAGAUCUCACUGUACUGGUCGCCCACAACGAUGACCCGACCGACCAGAUGUUCGUCUUCUUUCCAGAGGAGCCCAAGGUGGGAAUCAAGACUAUAAAGAUGUACUGCCAGCGCAUGCAGGAGGAGAAUAUCACACGUGCCUGCAUCGUGGUCCAGAUGGGGAUGACGCCUUCUGCCAAACAGUCGCUGGUGGACAUGGCACCUAAAUACAUCCUGGAGCAGUUUCUACAACAGGAGCUCCUCAUCAACAUCACAGAGCAUGAGCUGGUUCCUGAGCACAUAGUGAUGACAAAAGAAGAACUGUCAGAGUUGCUGCUUCGAUAUAAACUGAAGGAGAGCCAGCUACCCAGGAUUCAAGCAGGAGACCCUGUGGCCAGAUACUUUGGACUGAAAAGAGGACAGGUAGUGAAGAUCAUCAGACCUAGUGAGACUGCCGGUAGAUACAUCACCUACAGACUGGUGCAGUAAACGCACUCCAGCUCUAUUAUGGACCAGGAGUAUGAGAUCUGAUGAUGACAGGGAAUGACUGAAGAUGUUCCAUAUGAAGAAGAAAGAACAUGCUCUCAUCACUUUGUCUCCCAAUAACUUUUGUGAAUAGGUUGACUUGCUUACCUUUCGGCACUACUAGUUUUUAUGAAUGUGCUUGGGGUGAUAACCUCUGCAUUUGUUGGAUUUAAAAAAAAUGAGCAUUUUUAAUUUGAACGGGCAAAUUAUUUAUUUCAGAAGAAAUAAAUCCAACUGUUUUUAAUGUCGAA